CUCACUCAACUUGUCGGCACAAACGCGCCAGCGGCCGGUGCCAAUGGGCGAGAAUUGCUGUGCUGGGUUCGAGGCAUAGGAGGGGAGCCUCCUGACCUGGCGUGAGGCCAGAGUCCUUCGUAUUCAGUGGAAGCUCUUGACUCUUGACUUUGUAAUCACUCCAGCUUUUGAAGAAAUCAGGUAGCACUAAGCCUGCCAGUUGCCUGGCACUCCAGGAUGGGAGCCAUUGACAUUUGCGACUCUGAGGAGGAGGAUGGCGCCUUGGCCCGCAAGCGCGCCGCCAUCCGCAAGCGGCGUCAAGCAGCGGCUGCCUCGGCAGAAGCGGUUGGAAGUACUGAGGAGCCGAAGGUCGAGGCCUCGGCACCGGCCGCGCUGUCCUUGUUGGAGCUUCCCACUGGUCCCUGGGAAUGUGCCUUCUGUGCCGAGAGCAACGGAGAGAAGCGACUGAAGUGCAACAACUGUCUCAAGCCCAGGCCUGGCACGGAGGAGUUGCACAUUUCCGCACCAAAAGCGGCCCCGCUCGCGCCGAUGCCGGCCAAUUCAGGGAGGCGGAAAAGGGGCCGCGGCUGGGACGACUGGGAGGAACAGGCUCAGAAGGCGGCGGCGGAGGCCAGUGCGCAGAACGCCCACCUGAUGAAGGAUGUGGUGAACAGCUGGAAGCCAACGGUGGAGCAGCUGAAAGCCAUGACGGUGGCCGAGCUGGGACCCGUUUGCAAAAGUUGGAAGAUUUCCAUCGAGCCGAAGGACUACAUGCGUGAUGUGAUGCUGAGCAAGGCGUUAAAGGUCAUCCAUGGUGUGGAGAGCUGAAGGCCUGGCAGAUGCUCCAGUGGCAGCGGAGAAAAAGUCCUCCAGUUGGGCCAAGACGUCUAGCGGUCCCCUCCCUACCUGACUCAGUUAGCCACCCUACUGGGGUACCCAAC